AAUUGCUCUUCCCCAAGUCCCAUCGCAUUGAGUCGCAUCCCUCCCGGGUUUCCUCUUCGAUGGCGUUUGCCUUAUUCGCACAUCCAGGCUUUCCGUAGUUACCCUACGCUUCUAUCUACACGAAUACUUCAUCUAUUUCUUUGUCCGGUUCACGAUCUAGGGACCCCAAGAUGGCCGUCACGUCGAUAUUUACAGAGCAGCAGAUGCUGACCGAGGAGAAGAAGGCCAGAGCUGAGAACACCAGAGCUGAAGCCAAGCGGCUUGCUGCCCGUAGGAAGCGCAAGAAGGUUCAGCUGUCGCCCCAGGAGCGUGCCCAGAAAGCCAAGGAGCUCGACGAACUACUACGAAAGAGCAAGAUUUUCAGUGAGAUCCUCACCAAGAAGACGAAGGCUCUCGGCCGCGUGGGGCGCGACUUCGACAAUCAGGCAUUGACGGACGUCGGCUUGGAACUGAAGAAACAACCGAAGAUCAUGAGUGGCGGCACCAUGCGCGACUACCAGCUGGAGGGCCUCACUUGGAUGUACGAGAUAUGCCUGCAGGGCUUGAGUGGGAUCUUGGCCGACGAGAUGGGCCUUGGCAAAACCAUUCAAGUCAUAUCGCUUGUGGCAUUGCUCCGAGAACAGGAGCAAUAUUACGGCCCUCAUCUCGUCAUCGCCCCCUUGAGUACGCUAUCGAAUUGGCAGGACGAGUUUCAUAAGUGGACACCAUCCAUACCUUUCGUGCUAUACCACGGAAAUCCCCAGGAGCGGCAGAACAUUUUUCGUGAUAAGAUCAUGAAAAACUACCAGAAAGGCAAACUUACCAACCGAUUUCCUGUCGUCUGCACAAGCUACGAAAUGGUUCUCAGAGAUCGCGCGAGUCUCUCAAAGAUAGAUUGGGCUUUCAUCGUUGUCGAUGAGGGUCAUCGUAUGAAGAAUGCCGACGCGAAGCUUUUUAGAGAACUGCAGCAAUUCAAGUCGGCGACCCGUCUCCUGAUUACGGGAACGCCUCUCCAGAACAACCUCAAGGAGUUGUGGUCUCUCCUCCAUUUCUUGAUGCCAGAAACCUUCCUCGACUGGGAAGCCUUCGAGGUCUGGUUUGAUUUUAGCGACUUACAAGACGAAGAGGCAAUGUCUCAGUUCAUCGAGGACAAGCAAAACCAAGAUCUAGUAUCUAAGAUUCACAAGGUCCUGCAGCCGCUGCUGCUUCGUAGAAUCAAGGCUGACGUCGCAAAUUACUUGCCGAGUAAGCGAGAAUAUGUGCUGUACGCACCCAUGACCAAGGAGCAGACGGACCUUUACAACGUCAUCAACGACAGGAAGACGGACACCAGAUCGUACCUCGAAGGCAAGGUCUUCGAGAGGUUGACAGAGGCCAACAACAGCCUGAACAGCUCCCCGCUGUCGAGCCGCCAGUCCUCGCGAGCGAGUAGUGCUCGUCCGAGCCAAGCGCCAUCUCCUCCGACCAAGAACGCGUUUUCGAUGAUGAUGGGCAAAAACGGAAACCCAACACCGAAACCAUCGACGAAAGACAGUUUCUCUACUCCUAAAACAAAGGGAAUUGUCAAGCGGCGAGCGCCGCCUACCAGCGAAGUCUCAACGCCCAAGAGCAGCAGAUCGAGUCGUCAGUCGACUCCGGCCAGCAGCGUCCGCAGUCGCUUGCGCAAGAGUCGUCCUUCGUACAAGGUCGCGGACGACUCGGAUGACGAUGCGCUAGAUGACGACGCAUUCGAAGCCAAAAUCGCGGCCGAGCUUGCGGCCAAGGACGACGAUGACGAGAACUCGGAAGACUCCCGAGACGAAGAGGAGAUUGAGCGAGCCGCCACGCUCGAGUUAGCUAAACUUCAGAUCGCGGAUAAGAAAUUAGGCAACCCAUUGAUGCAGCUAAGACUGGUCUGCAACAGCCCUCACAACUUCUACAGCCCGUGGGCAUUCAACACCGAUAUCGCUGUCGACGAGACGAUUGUGACCUCGUCCGGAAAGAUGCUGCUCCUGGACCGAUUGCUUCCGGAGCUCUUCAAACGCGGCCAUAAGAUCCUGAUAUUCUCCCAGUUCAAGACGCAAUUGGACCUAUUGCAAGACUAUUGCGCGAGCCUAAGGCAGUGGAAUGUCUGUCGUAUCGACGGAAGCGUUUCUCAGGAAGACAGGCGCCAGCAGAUCAAAGAGUUCAACGAAAACCCCGACUACAAAAUCUUCCUGCUAUCGACCCGGGCGGGCGGCCAGGGCAUCAAUCUGGCCAGUGCGGAUACGGUGAUCUUAUUUGACAGCGAUUGGAACCCGCAACAAGACCUUCAAGCGCAAGAUCGAUGUCAUCGAAUCGGCCAGACACGUCCGGUGAUCAUCUACCGACUGGCUACCAAAGGCACGGUCGAAGAGGAGCUGCUGCUGAGCGCGGACGCGAAGCGCAGGCUGGAGAAACUUGUCAUCAAAAAGGGUGGUUUCAAGACUAUGGGUCAGAAAAUCGACGCCAACGAGGUGCUGGACAAGGAGAUCUUGCAGUCGAUCCUGUUGAAGGAUGGCGAGGUGUAUCUGCACUCGGGAGGAGACAGAAUCCUGAGCGACGAAGACAUAGAGGUUAUAUGCGACAGGAGCGAUGAGGCGUUCGAGCGUGCGGCCAGAGGUGCGGGCAAUGCAGCCGGCUUCCAAGUAGUAGAGACGGCAGUGGACGGCAUCACUCAGAUGACCGGUGGUAGCUAGCGGCAACGAGCCUUUUGCCGCUGCAUAUGCGAGCAGUCUCUGGCGUCUCGGACUGAUAGGCGGUACCGGGGUUGAUGUAGGCGCUUGGAGUGCCUAGUUAUACGGGGCUAUUUCGCGGCAUAUAUGGAAGGCCUAUGAGAAUUUGCCCGCAUGAUUCGGCGCCGAUGCAGUGCCGGCGGGAUG